CUUACCUCCAAAAGACAGAACACUGAGACAUCUUCCUCGGACCUCACCCAGGGGAGUACCAUUGGGAAAGGGAAUACCUAGGAGGAAAUACCACACUACUACAGUUAAAAUUCCAAGGAGAUUGUGUGAUCGUGGACUAAACUAAAGUACGCCGCAAUUGUACCAGUCAGUGUGUUGCUUGCCUGUCACCCCCUGGGUCAGAGAUGGCUGCCUCCAUGCCCCUGUUCCUCUCCGGCAUCAUGAUCUUCAGCAUCUCCUUGUACUUGCUCCACAAGAGGCUGCAGGCUGAGAUGGGGACCACUCAUCAACACCAACUCAGGAACCUCACCAUUCUGCUGUGGCACUGGCCCUUCAGCCGCCCCUACAGCCUGGAGGGAGACGUUUGCAGCAAUGAGUACGGUAUCCCAGGCUGCCUCCUCAGUGACAACACCUCCCUGUACCCACAGGCAGACGUGGUGGUCUUCCACCACCAUGAGCUGAGGACGGGUCGCUCCGCCCUGCCUCUCCAUCUCCCACGGCCGGCCUCCCAGCGCUGGCUCUGGCUCUCCCUGGAGCCCCCGGUGAACAACGGCAACCUGACCCAGUACAAAGGACUGUUCAACUGGACCAUGAGCUACCGAGCGGACGCUGACGUACCAAUGCCCUAUGGGAAGACGGUGGAAGUUCUUGUUCCACCAAACAGCAGCAGCUAUGUGAUCCCUAAGAAAGGGGCUUGCCUGGCCAGCUGGGUGGUCAGCAACUACAGCCCUGACCAUGCCAGGAGUCAAGUCUACCAGAGCCUAAGGAAGUACAUUCCUAUAGAGGUGUAUGGCCGCUGGCUAAAGAGGCCACUGACCGACCAAAGUCUGAUACCCACCAUUGGCCGCUGUAACUUCUACCUGGCCUUUGAGAAUUCAGUGGCCAUAGACUACAUUACUGAGAAGCUGUGGAGGAAUGCCUACCAAGCAGGGGCAGUACCUGUGGUUCUGGGGCCCUCUCGGUCUAACUAUGAGGCCUUGGUGCCCUCAGGCUCAUUCAUCCAUGUCAGUGACUUCAGCAGCACAGAGCGGCUGGCUGCCUUCUUACAGCAGCUGGCCACAGACAGAGGGCGCUAUGAGGCUUACUUCAAGUGGCGUCAGACCCAUGAAAUAAAGACAUACACAGACUGGAGAGAGAGGCUCUGUAAUAUCUGUAUCAACUAUCACAGACUGCCAGCUAAAAAGGUGUACUAUGAUCUGGAUGGAUGGGCCAAUAGAUAACAGGCAAAAGCUGCUUUUACUGCAAGUUAUUUGGUAUCUUUGUUUUAGCCUAAUUCAAAUCAAAUCAAAGUGUUUUUGUCACGUGCGCCGAAUACAACAGGAGUAUACCUUACAGUGAUAUGCUUACUUACAGGCCCUAACCAACAGUGCAAUUUUAAGUAAAACAUAGGUAAUAGGUGAACAAUAGAUAAGUUAAGAAAUAAAAAAAACAACAGUGAAAAGACAUGUUCAACAACCUUUGCUGGGCUGUACUUAAAACAGGGCCAGUUCGUUCACACACAAAAUGUCACAGGUAAAACGUGAAAUACAUUAAUUUAUGCAUUGUUGUGAUUGUGUGUGACUUUAACAUCCAUAACAGCCUGAUGACAGUACAACAUUGCAUUUUGGUCCCCAAUGCAGAAACACCACAGAAAAAUCGUAACUUCAGUUAAAAAAGAGAAGAGGUAGUAUGAAUGUGUACCAACAGUGUCCAAUCACGUGUAAGGUCCCAUUGACUACAUUCCAGCCUUUACAAGACCAAGAAUUGCCACAAAUAAAACCAUUACACAACCAUGUAGGCUGGCUCAUAAUGCUAUUUAAAUAGCACAAGGAAAUGUCUUUCCCAGCAGUAAGCUUUCAAUGAUUUUUUUUCUCUCAGUAUUUGGCUACUCAUAAUACUCUACAGUACAGUUCAUACCCUUCAUAGGCAGUUGAUGAAUGUCCUCCAUCUCACUCGGUCCGGGGCAAGUUUUUCCAGGUCACACCAUUUGAGGCCGCUCUCAGUAAUUUCUGCCUGGAUCUCUCUCCUCUAAGUGUUUCUGGGUCGACCACAAACCACAAACAAAAUUCCUGUACAAAUACUAAAUCUAAACAACCCGUCUCAGAGAAAUUACUGUGUGUUGAAAGUUCUGUAUAUCACUCAAUUUUAACCAUACUCCUCUGUAUCCUAAUGUAACUUUACGACUAAUUGUGAUGCAUAUGAUUUAAUUUCUAGUGUCAAUGCAGAUUACACACCAAGGCGGUGCCCUGUUCCCUACAUAGUACAUUUUAUAGGGAAUAGGUUGCCAUUUCGGAUGCAAAAAAAAAGUUUCUGGUAUAGAUACUGAGGGGAUGUUGCUUUAUCAUCUCAAUGUCUAUGGAUUCAGGGAACAAUCCACCAAUAACAGAUCAACAUGCAAUUAUAGCUCUGGCCACCAGAGGUCAUGACUCAUGAUUACCUAAAAACUGAAAUAACUUGAACUGAUAACAUGGUUUUUACCUCAUUACUUGUUUUAAAGGCUAGAUCAGCUAUUAACAUAUUUUUGCUUCUCUCUCAUGAGAUCCAAGACAGUUGAUCAGCUUGCAACAAGAAUGUCUAUCAUAUCAUUAAAGAAAACAGCACAGCAGACCAUGUUGCAGUGAAGAUAAUAUAAAUAUUUAUUUUCCAUGUUCAUCUCUGAAAUGUCUACAUGCAUCAUGUCCAGCAAUUCCAGUAGUAGUAAAAGAGGUCGGUCAUCUCUCAGGGUUGGUGUGUUAAUUCAUCUGGUGUGUCGUUAUUUAGAGAGGGUGGUUUUACUGUAUAAAAGGGGAGUCCUGGAGAUGUAUAACCAUCCACAUUCAUGGGAGAAAACAAAGAGCAACUUUCAAUCCAUCAAACUAAAAUUUCUGGAAAACCUGGGAAUUUUUGGACAGUUAUUUGCAUUUUGCAACCCUAGGGGACAAUAUUGAUGUAGGUAUAUGGUAACUAUAUGGUAACAGCCAAAGAAGGUUUAAGUUUGAUGUUCAUCUUUACCAGUAAUCUAGGCCUACAUCAAUGAAUGGGUCCAUUCUACGAGUCCAAUACUCUUUCUGUCUCACAUACAUUGUUCUUGAGGACCAAAAAGGCAAAUCAAAUCAUCUGCACCCAAAGAGCAUCCCAUUACUGUAUGUGUCUGACCACUCCACUGUUCUUCAGAGAGAGUGGAGGCAGAGAGUUAGGGGAAAAGUUAAAUGAAAAUUCCACCCAAAAACUCAUUUUUUUCAUUAGUCCACGGUUGAUAUAGUCCCAAAAUGUUUUGUAUGUCAGCAAUGAAGAUAUACAACUUUCAAAAUACAGAAAUAUAGCCAGUGUGAUGCAUUUUGCAUCAUGAUCCAAAACGCAGCAUCAUAUGAUGCUCGAUGCAUCAUACCAGCUGUAUUUAUGCAUUUUGAAAAUUGAUUGCUGAAAUGCAAAAUAUUUUGGGACUAUAUCAACAAUGGACUAAUGCAACAAAUACCAAAAUAUAGUUUUUGUGUGGAGUUGUCCUAAGUAAAUAAAAGAGCUAAUAACACGUUUUCCUGAGAGAUAACCGUAAUAGGCAACUUCUGAACAGACUCUAUUGUGCAUCCAAAAUGGCACCCUAUUCCCUAUAUAGUGCACUACAUUUGACCAAAAACUAUAGGGCUUUCGUCAAAAGCAAUGCCCUAUAUACAGAAUAGGGUGCCAUUUUAGAGGCACACUAGGCUAAAGAAAAAAAGGUUUAUUUGACACAGCAAUCAGAAAUAUAGAAUAAUAAUGUGUACAAAUACAUCAUUAGAGCCAGGUUGCCAUCUCUCUGUACAGUACACAUCAGUGGUUAUUUACAUAAAUAACAUCACAAAUCAUGGGACAAGCCAUGUGUUUGUUUGAUACGGUAUAUUCAGUGCUUGACUUGGACUGAAAUAGCUUCCAGUACUCAUUCUGGGUGCCGGUACUGUUUAGGUGCAGGAGCUCCACAAUACUUUUGAGCUAAUAUUCUAUAUAAGAGGAACAGGAGCUCAAGCAGUUGAACAUUUGAGGUGCCGGUACUCAGCUCCGGUGAGCUCCUGCCCAAGUCAAGCACUGUGUAUAUGUAUGUACAUAAUGGGGUUGCUCUGUUUCAGAGUUCUGUAAAGAAGUUCCAAAUUCCUUUGAAAUCAUUCAAGUUAUUUAAAUAUCAUCAUAAGCAAGUUUACACAAGAAACUUGUAAGGAUCAUAAAUGCAUAUUGAAUUGUAUCCCUUUUUCAGCAGAGCACAGCAUCAAGUCAUGCAUAGAGGGACCAUUGAUACUGAGAAUAUAAUGGCUACAUAACAAAGUGUAAAGGUUUACCAUACAUACUGCAUGUGUACAUUUAUGAAACAUAUUAAAAUCACGUUUGUAUGUAAAAAAAAGAAGACAUUUUUGGUAAUGAAGAAAGUCAAAGAUGAGUUGAUCCAGAUCUUCAGAAUGCGUCAUUAAUGGCACCAUAUUCUCCACAUACCAUAGUGCACUACUUUCGACCAGGGUCGAUAAGGCGCUGGCAAAAGUAGGGCACCAUGUAGGGAAUAGGGUGUUAUUUGGGACACAGUUAUUUAGUCUGCCAAUGAUUGCUAUUGACAGCUUGAUAAAUUGGCAUAUUCCCACUAUGCUCCAUCUCUGUUUGAAAGGCAUAUGGCCUAACAUCUGCAGUUCCAGAAUGAUUUAUAGGACCAGUUCCCAGAGCCAGAUUAAGCCUAUUCCUCAACUGAAUUUUCAACUGAGAUUAUCCAUGCUUUUCAGUCCAGGAGUCUGGGUCAUACUGCAGUCUAUGAUUUAGGAAACUUGUAUCUGGAUUGGUUAUUCAAUUUCACAUUCUGCACAGUGUGUGCCUCCAACACAAUCUCCCUGUUCACUACUAUUUAAAAGGUUUGUGGUUUGGACAUUGGCCUGUAUAUUUCACUGUAAAUCAUGGUCUGGGUAACAUUCAAAAGUAUGAUGCAAGUAUCAAAGUUAGUCUCCACAGAUUGUGUAAUGUAAUAAAUCAUACACCCACAGACUCAUAACAUAUUUAUUUUUUCACUGUAGUUCUUCUCUGCUCUCUUCCUGAGCCUUUCUGUCAGUAUCUGUCGUAUGAAGCAGGGUAGUAUUCAUUAGUGCACACCGUAGCAUAACAUUUUGCAAUAGAACACACAAAAGACAAUUUGUUGUUGGAAAAGUUCAGGUAUAGAAUCUUGCAGAACGUGGAGAAUCUUAUCCAUCAUCAUACACGCUAAUCUCUCAGUCAAUUAGUUGGUUGUGCACAUGUUUGACAGAAAAAACAGAGAGGAUAUUACAGAAUCAAAUCCACAA